AUCAUGAGCUGUGUGAGAUUCUCCCUCCUCUCCCCCGCCGACAUCGUAGAGUUUGUGGAGCCCAACACCAGUCUCUUCACAGGCACCGUCGGUCGUGACAUGUUGGUGUCUAUCUACAGACCCCCACCCCACCGGAACCACCCCGCAACUACCAGUCCCCUCCGACCUUCCCCGGUUCCGGCUCUCUCUACUUCCGGCCCCUGGAGUACGCAGACACCAGAUGCUCACAGUUCCACUUCAACAUCCAGUCACAGCUCAACAGCCAACAGCUGCUGUUCAACAGCCAACAACAGUCCAACAGCCGACAGCCGCUGAGCAGAAAACCGGAGGAAGACAAAGCUCUCACUCAACCACGAUCCGAAGUCGUGGAGCCUGCGUCAUCUUGGGGCAAAUCUCCAUGCUUGCCAUGUGAGGCGAAACUCAUGUCUGCAGAUGAGGACACUCAGAAAACUGGUUCUGGAGGUAAAGGUAAAGGUGGGGAAGAUGAUGGUGGUGUUGGUGGUGUUGGUGGUGGUGGUAGUAGUCGUAAUGGAGGUAGUGGUAGGGAAGAUGAAGGUGGUGAUAGUAAUAGUCUUGGUAGUCGUAGUGUUUGUGGUGGUGGUGGUGGUGGUAGUGGUGGUGGUGGUAGGGGUGGUGGCAGUGGUGGUGGUGGUGGUGGUAGCGGUGGUCGUGGUGCUUCUACUGCUGCUGCAUCUACUUCUGCUGCUGCUGCUGUGUCGUGUAAUGCUGAACCAGAGAGGAAAACGAUAACGAUCCGCACACCGGAGAGAUGUGAAGGCGCUCAACUGGACCUGUUGCUCACGCCAAAAGUCUCGGAACGGUCGCUCACCCUCGGGUCGGAGACAGACGACAACAGCAAAGGAAGGGAGGGCGGGGACAGCAACGAAAUGACGUCCUCGAGCAAAGACUGCGCCAAAGACUGCGCCAAAGACUACGCCACAGACUGCGCCAAAGAUCACGCUAAAAAUCGCGAAAAAGACUGCUUCAAAGACUACGCCAAAGACUGCGCCAAAACCCGCACCAAAGACUGCAUCAAAGACCGCGCAAGAGACUACGCCAAAGACUACAGCAAAGACUACACCAAAGACUGCGCCAAAGACUGCUUUACAGACCGCGCAAGAGACAGCCGGAGGUUUACCAAAGCCACCAGCGAGGUCCCUGGAAGGAGAGGAAGGAGCUCUCUAGAGCGGAGCACAACAUCCCGGGGCUCCUGCGGUUGUGAGAACCCUGGUGAUGACGUCAUAGACAGGAGCGGCUUCCCUGGGCGGAGCGGGCCGUCCUCACUGGUGACCAGGGGCAGACUGAAGACUCCGUGUCACGUCACGGGGUUCAGCCACGUCAGUGCCAGGGAGGGCGGAGUGACGUCACGACUGCGGUCUGUGAGGAGUGGCCGGCCGACCCGUUGCACAGCGGGGGAACAGGGAGCAGGACCAGGAGUGAUGUCAAGGGUGUCUUCUGGGAGGAGAUUUGGUUACGGUACCAGGAUAGGAGGAGGAGGAGGAGGUUGGGAAAGAGGAGGAAGAGGAGGGAGAGGGUGCGGCGUGUGCGACAGUGUGACGUCCCGCAACGGCGCCACCACUGCCCCACCCCCCAGCCUCGUGCUGUUGGUCCAGGCUCCGCGCGGGCCCGCCGAGGUGACGUCAUCCUCUGUGGAGGCCCCGGGGUUACAGGAGGCGAGGAAGACCUCCAGGGUGAGCUUUGACCUCACUCCGUCUUAUGACCUGCAGGACUCGGGCUUACCACGGACGGACACGCCCCCCACCACCCACGAUACACUAGACACGUUGUCAAGGGCGGCAGUCUUGUUGGGCGGGGAGGGGAGGGCAGGGCCGAAGGAGGGGGGGACAAGUUAAAAUGUUGUUGGGCGAG